CGCCGCCGCCGCCGCCCGGCGCUCCGGAGCCCGCGGCCCUCCCGGCCCUCCCGGCCGCCCCGCCUGCGAGAGGAGCCGAGGCCGUCCGCGCUCGCGCCUCGCCGGCCCCUCCUCCGGUCGCCGCGGCCGCCGCGCCGCCGCUGCAGUUGGUUCCUAAUUCUUUUGAUAUGAGCUGAUCAGUUUUAAAUGGACCACAUCAUCAGAAUCUUGAUGCUUGCCUGUUAUUCCAAAAAAUCAGAGGCUUGGAAGAUAUAUGGACUGAGGAUAGCUGACAGCCAGGAGAAAUAGGUUGGAAAAUGCAAAACAACGAAAUCAUAAAACCUGCCAAAUACUUCUCGGAGUUGGAAAAGAGCAUCCUGCUUGCUUUGGUAGAAAAGUACAAGUAUGUGCUGGAAUGCAAGAAAAGCGACGCGCGAACUAUUGCGCUCAAGCAGCGCACCUGGCAGGCGCUCGCCCACGAGUACAACUCUCAGCCCAGCGUGUCGCUGCGGGAUUUCAAGCAGCUGAAGAAGUGCUGGGAGAACAUCAAGGCUCGGACCAAAAAGAUUAUGGCCCAUGAGAGGAGAGAGAAGGUGAAACGGAGCGUCAGCCCUCUCCUGAGCACCCACGUCCUGGGGAAGGAGAAGAUCGCCAGCAUGCUGCCCGAGCAGCUGUACUUCCUGCAGAGCCCCCCCGAGGAGGAGCCCGAAUACCACCCCGACGGCGCGGCCCAAGAAUCAUUUGCUGUUUCAAAUAGAGAACUGUGCGAUGAUGAGAAAGAGUUCAUACAUUUUCCAGUGUGUGAGGGGACCUCCCAACCUGAACCCUCAUGUUCGGCUGUCAGAAUCACAGCCAAUAAACACUACAGGAGCAAAACCUCUCAGGAAGGUGCUUUAAAAAAGAUGCAUGAGGAAGAACACCACCAACAAAUGUCCAUCUUACAGCUGCAGCUGAUACAAAUGAACGAGGUGCAUGUGGCCAAAAUCCAGCAGAUAGAGCGGGAGUGUGAGAUGGCAGAGGAGGAGCACAGGAUAAAAAUGGAAGUUCUCAAUAAAAAGAAGAUGUAUUGGGAAAGAAAACUACAAACUUUCACCAAGGAGUGGCCUGUCUCCUCCUUUAACCGGCCCUUUCCCAAUUCACCCUAAGACUGCGGGGGGCGGCUCCCCUGUAAGCGAUCCGGAACGUGAGCUCGCGGUCAGGACCUCGUAACAGAGCUACGACUAGGAAACUUAGCGCGGUAGUAGUCAGUAUUUAAGAAUACGUUCAGGUAAACGGCCGCACCCCGUGCCCCCGCUGCCAAUGGCAAAGAAGCUGUUCCAGUCUCCUGAAAAUGAUCACUACGAGUGCUAGAAUUCUGAAUGUAAUGUCUCUUAAUUAGAAUUCAUAACGAGAACCAUGUGUGAGUGUUGUUGUUGUAUUUUUUUAAUCAGAUUGCAAGUGUGACUAUAAAGAAGUGUGGCUGAUUUUUUUUUUUUUUUUUUUAAAGUAGACAGCAGAACUUUUCUCUCCAAAUGAACAUGCUGCUGUUGAAAGCAGCUAAAAGACCCUGGAGGCCACAGGUUGUGGGGCUGUUGCUUAGAACUGGCUGGAGGUCUUUAGGGAACCUCCCUGGGAACCACACACAGCACCUCUUGUUUUGUCUUUUGUUUUUAUUUUUGUUUUUUUGUUUUGUUUCGUUUUGUUUCAUUUUGUUUUCAUUGUCAUUCUUUGAGUGGUUUUUCUGAUUUUAAACCAUCCAGCAUUUGGAAGGAUGUUUUCUAAUGUGGCUCAUAACCCCCCUUUGAAAGCCUUCACCCAAAGAGGGCUUGCAAAUAGUGGCUCUAACAGUUGGUAGCUUUGUUGUAACUAAGGCUGUAACUGCUCUGAGGGAGACACGUGCAUUUAGAUUUCUAUGAUCUGUCCUGUCCGUUUUAUUAAAAGAGAAGACUUGCAAUUUUAUAGUCACACUGUGUGUGUUUUUCGAAGGUGCUGCCUCCCCCACUGUGCUCGUCUUUGCUUUCCCUCUGUAGCAUCCUCCCCACUUUGUACUACUGAGUUAAUGGUUGCCCUGUUUUUAAUCUCCAACCACCUAGGGAAAGGCCCUUCCCUCACUGUGCUCAUGGUGCUAGUCAAGAGUAAUGCUGUGUAGUUUGCACUGCUCAGUUAGCAUUGGGCUUCUUAGCCCAUUGCCAACAUAUUUGGAAAUAUAGAUUGGCAAGUGGAUAUUUUGGUUGAGUUGGGAUAGAGCUUCUCCUGUAGCCUAGUGUUAAAAACGGUUCUGGGACAUUGGGCAUGGCAGUCGCUGGAACAAGCGAAGUGACACCACGUGCCAAGGCAGGUCAGCAGUUUCUGAGCAUGAAAUGUCAAGGCCUUGUGGUAGGGAAAGAAAAGUAUGUGUGGCAGAGGCUCUGUAGGGAGUGUCGGGCUAGGAGUCAGGGCCUGAAUUCCGAUCAUGGCUCUGCUUCAGUGUGCUAUGUGACCUGGGAUAACUCCUUUUAAUCCGUGGCUCUGGUCUUUCCUGUCCAUACGACAAGGAAGUUGGUCUAGAUCAUGUUCAGAAUCUGCUGCAGCUCCUUGACUGUGGUAUGGUCUGCAGAGCCUUGGAUGGGUACCGCUGAUAUCAUAGUUGUCCAGAGGGUGUGGGUCAACAGGGAAGAAGUGAUUACUGCUUCCUGUCCUCACAGUUUUGGGACUAGAAGUUCAGUAAGAUAAACAUAUACAUGUUAUUGAACCACUACCUAAAACUUACGUGUUUAUAUCAGUUUAUUCUCUCCUCUGAUCAUAUUUUAAAUAUCUUAGAGGAACUGGUGAUUUGAAGGAAAGGUGUGAAGACUAGUCUUUGAAAGGAAGGAUCCUUUUGCAAAGAUUUGUGUUCUUCAUUUAGCUUUUACCAACUGGACCCUUUAGAUAAGACACAUCUCGAUAAAGUCUCAAGCCUAAACAGUUUAUGGGAGACAGGACUCGACUCUCCAUGCCCUCCCAUUUCCUCAGGAUUAGGGCAGGGAACAGCAGACCCUCAGCACAGAUGUGAAUUGAGAGAAAUUUUGCUUUGCUUCGCCUACUGACCCAUCUGGAAAUCUUGUUAAUGUGCAGCUUCUGGAGUGGGACCUGAGAUUUUGCAUUUCUUAUAAGCUUCCAGGUUUUGCCAGCUCUGCCUGCCUGGUCAGCACACUUCUGUGUAGCAAGGUUUUAGAGGACUCUGUGAAGUUUUUACUUCCUCUCUCCCCACCCCCACCCCCACAAUUGGGUUAGGUACACAUUGUGUACAGCAGUGUGCCGGUUAUCAUCCUCUCUCAGAAUUUAUCACUUAAGCACUUAAACACAACCAUGCAGAACACAAUACAAAAAAUGCUCACACACAUAAUGAAAGUAUAAAAACAAAACUAAUUCCUAACCAAAUAAAGGAUAAUGAAACCAGAAGCCUAAAGCAUCUUGCUCUACUGUUAGUGUUAUUUAUGAGUUUAUAACAGUUUUCAACCUGGGCUAUGCAUUAGAAAUAGUAUUUUGUAAAUAACUAGUCCUACCUGGCCCCACUCCCAGAAGAUUCUGAUUCUGUUGACCCAUUUUUGGGAAACUUUAAUGGAGAUUAUGGCACGUCACUGGGAUUGAGAACCAGUGGUUUUGAGCUCACAGAUGUGCCUCAUUUGAUCGUUAACCUUGCGAGGUCGUGCAGAAGUGAGGACAUGAUGCUCAGAGAAGAACCAUCUUGUACCAGACCAGUAGCUAGUAAAUGGCAAAGGAGAAGUUCUGUCCCAGCUCUCUCUAUUCCAAAACAAAUGGUCCCACCUGUCUGCCCCUAUCCUAUCCCUCAAAGUUCUGUCAAGGAUUUGUUUUGUCCUGAGAGCCAGAUCAUACCCAUAGUGUACUUUGGUGUCUCCAUUCAUGGACAGAUACAUGUUCAUUUCACUGUUGAGCAAUUCCUUACCUGAAGUGGAAAUGCAAAAGCAUUUCUUGGUAGGUGCUGUAGGGAAUAGACAAAUUUAUUACAGUUCACAGUCCCCCACCCGGCCAAAUCAUGGACACAGCCAGUAGGGGAGGUAAGACUUGUUCACAGCUGUCAUGUACCUCAUUAGCGCAUGUCUUCAAGUGCAUCGGUAGCUCAGAGCAAAUGCCACCUCCUCCAGGAGGAAGGAAGGCCUCCUGGAGGAGGUGGCAUCUGAGUUAAGUCUUUAGAGUUGGCAUUUGGACAGAUGGAGAUUCAGAAAGAGGCGAACCUUUGCUAGAUGCAAGGUCCUGUUGAAGAUUCAAGAUGAUGAGACACAUAACCGGGAGGCAGUGAGAACGCGGUCAUUUUCCAAAUUGGGCAGUAGCAUGAUCCACACCGUGCUCCAGGAGGAAGAUGAGAAGGUGCAACUGAGUUUAGAGAAGACUGGAGCCCGGGAGGUGAGGUGGGAGGGUCUGGUCCUGGUUAGGACGAGAUGAUAAGAGGAUCUAGAGGAGGCUGUAGUCGGACUGAGGGAGAGCAAAGUGAAGGGCACGGCAGAGGUGGAAUCAGUCAGGCUUGGCAGUUGAUUGCUUUUGUUGGAGAGGAGGGGCGAGGUGUUAAAGCUAGAUGCCUGAAAGAAUAAUGCUGCUGAUUAAAAUAGAGGCAGAAAGGAUGCAUUUCUGGCUCUGACCCAAACCAGGAGAGGCCAAGAGAUGAACUAAUGCUGUUACCUGCCACUCAGCCUCAAACACAAGCCCCUGUGCCCAUCUCUGCUUUGCUUGUCCCCUCUUUGCUCCGACUUCUGCCUCUUCUCCCUGUCCAUCCUACGCUCUAGCCCUUCCUUGGGUCCUUGUCAGCCCCCUCAUUUGGUGCUGCCUCUGCCCCCAGUACUUCCAUUGCAGCUGAUGGUGCACGUCACCAUCUCUUAUAAUAGCUUUGUGCUAGAAAGAGCAGUGCCCCAUGUUGUAUAAAGGGGCAUUGGCUGAGAAGGGCUGGUGAUCCCCAUGUAUGCCUAUCACAGCCCCUUUACAAAGGUCAAAUGGAAUCCUACCCUCUUAUGCAGCAAAAAUUUAGGGAAUGUUUUAGGAAAUUCGCAGAGAGAAUCUUAAAAUGCAUUAGCACCCCCCCCCCCCGCCCCCAGAAGAGAGUGGAGGAAGAGAGGUGGCAUGAUGGCAGAGUGCAUUUGAGUUGUCAACAGCCUCUGCAGUGUCAGGUCAAUUACAUCAGCACUUGGCCUGAACCAGGGGAAGGAAUGGCUCUGCCUCCUCGGAAUGUCAGAAGGACCUGAUAAUUAUAUUUGGCAAAGCCACGAGGAGUGGUUCUGUAAUGUCAUUGCUAAGAAUUACCCUUUUAAUAGCAUUUCUGGAUGUCUGAGCUUUUCAAGUGGAGUGACACUUCUUUUCUGCUGUGGGUUUCCUUUUCGUUGGGCUGCUUCCAGCCGGUCCUUCUGUUCUCCCUCACCCUUGCAUUGAUAUCAGUUCAUAUUUUCUGUCUUCCGCCUUCCUGGCCCUGUUCCUCCAGCCCCUCCUGUACCCACAACAGCUCCCAGUCUCCCCUGUUUCAGAGGUGGAGUCAUGUGAGAACGGGUGUGAGGGAAAUAUUUGCCAAAGGGCAGCACAUUCAACAUUGGGUAGCAACGAGGUGCCACGUACCUUAGACUAGCCAGACUGGGGACAACCUGCUUCCAGGCUGCGUCUGCUACUUUUGUGUUGGUGGGACUCAGAAGUCAUGGGAAGGAUCACCAGUGAUCCAUGACAGCGACAAAGUCUUUACCUAAACCGUGCCAUAUAUUAUGCCCUUCAACACAAUUUACUAAUCUUUGCCUCCGUUUCUCCAUCUGUGAAAGUGGUGUAAUACUUAUCUACCUCCCUUAAAUGUUGUGAAGAUUAGUCUAUGUUAGUAAAGCACUUUUGAAAUAAAGAGUGAUGUAAAGC